AUGCCGUCGAUUAAGCGCUUGCAGGCGUCUCCGGACCCCGAUGAAAGCGAUGAAGCGUCCGAUAAUUCCGGAUUGACAUCCUUCCCAUACUCGGUACGCCAUCUGGAUCACCAUACAGGUUUACGGUCAAGCUCAUGGAAUACCAAGCAGAGAAAGCGACCGCGUACUUCGGACUCUUCAUCGACAGGUGAUGCACGGGUAAACGAUCACGAGGCCCCUGGGGCAUUCCUGUCGGUCACCGACGAUGCGCUGCUUGACGACGAAGACGAGCUGGAACUGCGCCAAACGCAAAUAAUUCAGGAAAAGUACGCCCACCUGGUCGAUGAAGCCAACGUACCUGCCGAGCAUGGAAUCCUCGAGCGCAUUGAGUGUUAUAACUUCAUGUGUCAUGAUCACUUUCAUGUGGAGUUGGGACCCCUCAUCAACUUCAUCGUCGGAAAGAAUGGUAGCGGCAAGAGUGCAAUCCUCACUGGGAUCACCCUUUGUCUAGGAGGGAAAGCAUCAGCCACCAAUCGUGGUCAGAGUUUGAAGAGCUUCAUCAAAGAAGGCAAAGAAAACGCCGCCAUCAUCGUCCGGAUCAAGAACCAAGGCGAUGGCGCCUACAUGCCGGAUGACUACGGCAAGUCGAUCAUUGUCGAGCGUCAUUUCUCGAAGAGUGGAACUAGCGGGUUUAAGAUCAAGGCUGAAAACGGGCGCAUCGUCUCAACCAAAAAAGCCGAGUUGGAUGCCAUUACGGACUACUUUUCCUUGCAGAUUGACAACCCGAUGAACGUCCUCUCCCAGGAUAUGGCUCGUCAAUUUCUCAGCACGUCCAGCCCCGCUGAGAAGUACAAGUUCUUUGUCAAGGGUGUCCAGCUGGAGCAGCUCGAUCAGGACUACCGGUUGAUUGAGGAAUCGGUCGAUCAAAUUGAGGAGAAGCUUCGAAGCAAGGCGCAGGAUAUUCGAAUUUUGGAAAAUCGCAAGGAUGCGGCAAAGAAGAAACUAGAAAUUUCCGAUCAACACGAUUCCCUGAGGGAGCGUAUCCGAAAUGUCCGCAAUCAAAUGGCUUGGGCCCAAGUCGAGGAACAAGAAAGAGCCAGGGAUUCUCUGGGCGAGGAACUCGCGAAAGCCGACGACCUGAUUAUGACCGCGGAGGCCGAGCUCAGUCGAUUUGAUCUCGCUUUCCAGGAAGUCGAAGGGGAGUCCGAAACAGCGGCUGAACAUGUCCGACAAGCCACGGCGGCCCUCGAAGAGGCCCAGGGCGAAAAAGAAAAAAUCAAGGAGAGAUUGGAUGAGGAAAUGGGUCGCCGCCAUGACCUCCAGGCCGAGCAACGUCAAAUCCGAGAGUACCUCAAAGCAGCAGCGUCCAGAAUCCAGGAAACGCAGCAGAAAAUUGACGAGGAAAAUGAACGGCUAGCGGACGUGAGCGGAGGCGGUUACGCUCGAAAACAAGAAGAGUGUGAACAGGCUAGCAAUGACGCAGCUGCCGCCCGAAGAGAGUAUGAUGCGCAUCGCCAAGAUGCUGGUCGCGUACGUGAAGACCUCGAAACUGCGCAAAGGGAAGCCGAGUCGGCGAAGGUUCCUGUGGAACGCAAAAGACACGACAUUGCGCAGGCAGAGGCUCGUUUAAAGGUUCUCACGAGAGAAGGCGGUCCCAAACAGUCCGGUUUUCCGGACAAGAUGCCGGCGCUACUGAAGGCCAUUCAGCAGGAGCAAUCCUUCACCACGCGCCCAGUGGGACCUGUUGGUCACCAUGUCACUUUGCUGAAACCGAAGUGGGCUUCCAUUCUCGAAAAUUCCUUCGGUGGGACACUGGGCAGUUUCAUCGUAACAUCAAAGAGAGACAUGAAUACUCUGUCCCAAAUCAUGCGGCGGGUAAACUGCAACUGUCCUAUUUUCAUUGGAAGUGACGGCCAUAUCGAUACGUCCGCACAUGAACCAGAUCCUCAAUAUGACACUGCCUUGAGGAUAUUAGAGAUCGAUAAUCAACUGGUCCGGCGGCAACUUAUCAUUAACCAUGGCGUCGAACAAAUGCUGUUGAUUGAGAAGCUGGAGGAGGCGUCCUCUGUGCUCUUCGACGGCCCGCGUCCGAGGAAUGUCAGGCGCUGUUACUGUAUUGACACAAAAGAUCGGCGCCGAGGAAUCCAUCUUUCAUACAGUCGAACCGGUGAGCCGAGUCAAGCGCCAGUGUCUAUGUAUAUUGGACAUCCGCGAAUGAAGUCAGACCUGGCCUCGCAAAUCAGCGUGCAGCGUGAAGUGGUCGGUGAUCUCAAACGCGAGUUAAAUCAGAUCGAACAAGAAUUGCAAUCGGCCCGAUCUCACGUUGAGGCCUGCAAGCAGGCGCUGGUGAGACACCAGAGGAGGGAAAAAGAACUACAGAUCACCAUGCAGAGGGUGGAGGACCAUGCCGAAGCUCUUCGCGAUUCCCUUGACAAAGAAACUGCGGAAGACGGGCACAUAGAUGCACUCCGCGCAGCCCUGAAGGAAGCUGAAGAUGAAAGGCAGCUCAACCAGGGAUCCUACGAUGACAGCGUCACAGCCAUGAGCGAGAUGAUGCAAACACUGAAGGGCAUUAGACGAGAAAUGUCAGCCAAAGACAAUGACAUCGGAGUAUUGCAAGAGAAGUCAAGGGUCGCAGAAAGUGAGCAGUCUGUCGUGGGCGACAGACGCCGCCAGAUUCUCAGUGACAAAAAUUCCGCUGUGGCACGCAUUGAGAACGAUAAGCAGGAUAGGGCGAGGAUCCAGGACAAAAGAGAGCAGGUGGCUGCCAGGGUUCUCGAUUACAACGAGAAAGCCAGCAUGGUUUCAUCACGGGUUCCCGUGGAUGCUGGUGAAACUACUACUAGCCUCGACCAAAAGCUUGAGCGGUUGCACCGAGAUCUGCAACGCUAUAAUCAGCAGUUGGGGGCAUCCCGAGACGAAAUUGCUGCCGAAGCCGGAAAAACUGAGACAGCUUAUCUGCGAGCCAGGAAGCAGGUCGAAGAACUGACAAUACUCGCUCAGAUUUUCAAAGACACCCUCGAUAAUCGCAAGAAGCGGUGGGAGAUUUUCCGAUCCCACAUCUCAUCACGAGCAAAAGCCCAAUUCACCUACCUUCUCAGUGAGAGAAGCUUCCGUGGUCGCCUUCUGGCUGAUCACAACGGCAAACUGUUGGAUUUGCAGGUUGAGCCUGAUAUCACGAAAGAUGACGGUGCUGGGCGUGGUGCCAAAACGCUCUCGGGUGGUGAGAAAUCGUUCUCACAGGUAUGCCUGCUGUUGGCUCUCUGGGAAGCCAUGGGUUCUCCUAUUCGCUGUCUCGAUGAAUUCGACGUGUACAUGGACCACAUCAACCGCAAAAUGGCUAUCGACAUGCUUAUGAUUGCUGCCCGGCGAUCUAUUGGGCGGCAAUUCAUUCUCAUCACUCCUGGAACCAAGACGGACAUCACGAUUGCGUCGGAUGUGAGGGUGAAGGAGCUCGCAGAGCCUGAGCGUGGCCAGACCACCUUGUCGUUCCGGCGAUGA